AUGCGAAUAAGAUUGAAUACGUUUUAUAUCAUAUUGGUUUUAUUAUUUUUUCCAAAAGAAUUUAGAGGCAACAAGUGUUAUCAGUGCAACAGCAAGAAGGACAAAGACUGCGAUUUGAAUAAGGUCGAUCCAAAAUAUCUCAAAACCUGUCCAAUGACUCAUCCAUAUUGUCGUAAAUAUGUUUACAAAUACUAUUUCACGGAUUCGAGAGAAUAUUCGACGAUUCGUGAGUGUGCAAAAUGGAGAAACGCCGAAAGAGAAUGUUAUCGAGGACGUUAUAGUGCUGACAGUUAUCAAUUGAUUUGCGAAUGCAACGGUUCUGGUUGCAAUCGUAGUGCUAACUUGAAACCUCAUUUGUGUUAUCUUCAUAUCCUAUCUCAAUUUUUAGUCCUUUUAUAUGCCAAUUAUAUUAUAUUCAAUGCUUAAAAAUCAUCAAAUCAUAAAUCAACAGGCAUUAGUCACUGAUUAAAAAUAGUAAUUUUUCUAAGUCAUGAAUAUUGUAAUCGUGUUGAAUUAUUAUUUCUAUUUAAAUAACGUUAACGUGUGAAUAUUGAUUUUUCUAAUAUUUAUCACGUUAACUUAACUAAUAGCGAAUUAUAAUUAAUAACAAUAAUAAAUGAUAAACUCUACUUUAAAUUGAAUACAAAAGAUAUAUCGAUUUGAAAAAAAUAUUUCAGAAACCGAUUGAAAUUUGUUCCAACGAUAAACAACUUUAGGUUUGACAUUUCAACUGUUUUUGAAAUAUCCUAAUAUCUGACUAUAGUGCCAAAGGAAGCGAUAAUUCGUCUAGAACGAACGUGAGUAGGCGCCCACUUUUGGUUCAUUCUUAUGAGUAAAGAUUUUUUUUUCACUAUCUAUUAGACAUCUUUGUAAAAUGAAAACAUUUUCAAUAACAAAUUGGAUGUUAAUAAAAAACUACG